AAGCGCCGCUCACAUCCUUCGCCGGAGGCUCCACGGCGGGCGGCUAGGGCUGGCACGGAGAUAUAAGCCCUACAACAAUAGCCUCACAGCAGCGAUGAACUGACCGAUCCAUCCAGCCAUCGCAAACCACAGAUGCCGUCUUCUACCUCACGGCCCGUCCUCUGGACGGAGCACCUCAUCUUCCUCCUACUCCUCCUUCCGACCACGCUCAGCACGGCGCUCCUCCUCUCCGACACGAGCCACUGGACCAUGGCCGGCUCGCUAUACGGGCUGAUCAACGAGUACCGGACCUCGGUGCAGACCGGGGUGCAGGCACUGGCCACGCUGCUCAGCACCGUGCAACUCCUGCUGAUAUGCCGGCUAAUCAACCAAGCGACGCGCAUCCGGUUCGCGCAGCACCCCACGCAACUAACGAACUUGAGUUUCUGGGCGUCUCUAUCAACGCCAGCGGUGAACUGGACCCUCCCACCGGUUCUGGUGGUGGUAACCUUCCUACUGGCGAACCUCUCCGCGGUGCUCUCCGCGCUCUGGACCGGCGCACUCACGCCUACAGCCACAACAACAACCCACCUCCACCCGCUACGCAUCCCCUCCUACACCAACACAACCUUCAUAACCGAAUACCCGUCCCAGAUCGACCGGACGGGCCCAACAGCGCGCACCAACAGCGGGUAUUUCACGUACUCGGUGGGGCUGGGCCAGCUGACCGCGCUGAUCUCCUCGGCAAACACAGCCUCAACAGUCGACGGGUCGGCGCGCGUGCACGCCAAACUCGAUAACACAGGCUACGCAUACCGGGGCCGGUCAUUCGGCGUCGGCAGCUCCGUCGGCCUCACCGACACCGUCCUCCGAGCCGCGUUCCCGCACGCCACGCACUACACCUACACCGAGCCGGGCUACGCCGCCCGCGUACACUGCGCCUACAACCGCUCCUCCGCUUUCUUCCUGCAGGACCUCGCCCAGUACGCCCUCUACGCCGCCCGCGGUCCGCUGCCUGACAGCGUGAAUGCCAGCGACCGCGGCGCCGGCGAGUAUUCCGUCUACACGGGGUACAGUACCCAGACGAUCGUGGCGUUGGGCGUCGCGGCGCAGCCCGUCGUGUACUCGCGCACGAGGUAUGUGGCUGCGGCGGCGGGCGGGUAUUAUCUGGCUUUGAAUGCAAGUCAGUGCGUUGUGGCUUUUGAGCCGGUGUGGUUUGACGUGGAUGUGCGGGUUGCGGGGAAGGAGAUUCGGUUGUCGGACGUUGACGAUGGUAAUGCUGGACAGGGAAGAGCCGACGCGGACAUCGACCCCAGCAACCGCACCAUCCACAUCGUCAUGCGCCAGCUCGAACUCAUCUCCAAUGAUCUGACCAGCUUCUAUCGCUCGACGCUGGGCGAUGCCUUCAAUACCAGUAUUGCUGAUUAUCGGACUUCGGUGGCGAACAUCACGGCUAACACCACGGCGAGUGUGGACGCCAUCAGUAUCGGGGAAGCGGCUGCGAAGAAUGCAUCGGAGGAGGCGAUUGCGCUCGCGGGGAUCAGGAAUGUGUACAUCUCCCUCAUCGACGAUAUCCUGGCGGGAUAUGCAUCGGCGCAGUUGAUGGUCGGCGGCUUCACGCAAGAGACCCAGGCAAUGGUCACGGUCGAGGCGUUUCGGGUCGGAUCCCGCCCGUACAUUGUGUGUGUGUUUGUGGUGUCGAUGGUGCUGCUUCUGGUUGUGGCGGCGGAGAUGGUCCGCACGCGUCUGUGGGUGGGGUUGCCGCGGUUUGACUAUUUGGAGAUGAAGAUGGUGGUGGCCGGAGCAUCGAAUGGAGGGCGGGGCAUUGCGGAGCGAGCAGCCGAAAGGGCCUGGUGUGGGAAGGGAAUUGGAAGGAUUCGGGUUCGGUUGGCCGGGGUGGGCAAGACGGCGGGUUGGAGGUUGAUUGUGGAGGAAGGGGUAGACAAGGAGAUGUUGCUACUGGAAGGAGACGGGGAGGGUGACUGGAUUUAG